AAGCGGGGCGUUAAAGAGGCCCUGGCUUCGGCGAGGGCUGGGUCCCGCCGGCAGUUUGGGGAGGCCCCGCCCCGCCCCCAGGAGGGCCACCUGGGACCAGCCGGUUCACUUGUCCGGGGCGGAGUUUUCUUUCGCCAGGUGCUGGGGUGAAGGCCGGCAAAAUACCCACCUGCUCGACCUGCUUGUAAAAUGCAUCAGCCACCUGACCCCCGGUUGUGAUCUGGGCUAACACAGUCUAGAGACUCCGCCCCCCUGACUCAGUUGCUGUUUAUGAAAAGUUUAGGCGUGUUACAGGUCCACUGGAACCGUUGCCUGUGGAGGGCCACACAGCCCCUACCAGAUGUCCUUCCAGCAGGGGAACUGCCUCUCUCUGUGUGGCCUGAAGACCCCCGGACUUCAGGGGAUUUGCCCUUCCCACCAGAGCACUACCAGAUCCAGAAGACAGGGAGCCUGGACAAGGUGGUGUCCUGGGCCCACCAGUUCCCUUAUGCCCACCCACUCUGGCUUGGACAGUUCCUUGGCUUCCUGAACAUCUAUGAGCCUGAUUAUGUCAAGGCUGUGUAUAGCCGAGGAGAUCCCAAGGCUGCGGACGUGUAUGAUUUCUUCCUCCAGUGGAUUGGGAAAGGCCUGCUGGUCCUCCAUGGGCCCAAGUGGUAUGAGCACCGCAAGCUGCUCACACCUGGCUUCCACUAUGAUGUGCUGAAACCCUACGUGGCUGUGUUCAACAACUCCACGCACGCCAUGCUGGACAAGUGGGAAGAAAAGGUUCGUGAGGAUAAGAGCUUUGACAUCUUCUGUGAUGUGGGCCACAUGGCGCUGGACUCACUCAUGAAGUGCACCUUUGGCAAAGGAAACAGCGGUCUCAGUCACAGGGACAAUAGCUACUACCUGGCGGUCAGCGACCUCACUCUGCUGAUGCAGCAGCGCAUCGAGUCCUUCCAGUACCAUAAUGACUUCAUCUACUGGCUCACCCCACACGGCCGACGCUUCCUACGGGCCUGCCAGGAAGCCCACGACCACACAGACCAGGUCAUCAAGGAACGAAAGGCAGCCCUGCAGGAUGAGAAAGAGCAGGAGAAGAUCCAGAACCGGAAGCACCUGGACUUCCUAGAUAUUCUUCUGGGGGCUCGGGAUGAAAGUGGGAUCAAGUUGUCCGAUGCAGAACUGCGGGCUGAAGUGGACACAUUCAUGUUUGAAGGCCAUGACACCACCACCAGUGGCAUCUCCUGGUUUCUCUAUUGCAUGGCCCUGUACCCGGAGCACCAGAGUCGUUGCCGGGAGGAGGUCUGCGAGAUCCUUGGGGACCGGGACUCCUUCCAGUGGGAUGAUCUGGGGAAGAUGACCUACUUGACCAUGUGCAUCAAGGAGAGCCUUCGCCUCUACCCACCUGUGCCCCAGGUGUACCGCCAGCUCAGCAAGCCUGUCAACUUUGUGGAUGGCCGCUCUCUACCUGCAGGCAGCCUGAUCUCUCUGCACAUCUAUGCCCUCCACAGGAACAGCUCAGUGUGGCCUGACUCUGAGGUCUUUGACCCUCUGCGCUUUACUCCUGAGAAUGUGGCCACACGCCACCCCUUUGCUUUCAUGCCCUUCUCUGCUGGGCCCAGGAACUGCAUCGGACAGCAGUUUGCCAUGAAUGAGAUGAAGGUGGUCACGGCCCUCUGCUUGCUCCGCUUUGAGUUCGCCCUGGACCCCUUGCAGCCCCCCAUCAAGAUGCCCCAGCUAAUCCUGCGCUCCAAGAAUGGAAUCCACCUCCGUCUGAAGCCUCUGCACCUGGGCUCUGGGAAGUAGCUCUGCCUGGGGUAGGGCCCCAGACAGCCCAGACUGUGGCCUCUCCUUGGGCUGGAUCAUAGAAUCUCCCAAGCUGGAUCAUAGAAUAGCUAUGGCUCCCUGUCUUUGGGAGGCUUACAGUUUAGAAGGGGAGCAGGCACCCACAUAAACAGUCACCUGGAGGGCAGUGACAUGUAAGCAUGUGUGUCAAUAAAUGUUUAUUAUGUGUG